AUGACAGCACCAACACGACCUGCUGCCGCAGUCAUGCGUCCACUUCGACCAGCAGAACAGCAAUGGGUAUUUGACCCGGCCAUGCUCGAACGUACCCCCUCGCGCGCGGACGGUAUCUCGCUGGAAGAGGAGCUGGAGCGCCGGAAAGAGGCCAUUGUGUUCAUGCGAAGUCUCUGGUUGAGGGUAGCUCAAUACAUCAAGCCGCCCCGAGAAGACCCAGAGAGCUAUCUCUUCAAGGGGCCCCUCACGGCCGCUGCAACGCUUGUCCACCGCUUCUUCAUGCGCCGAUCCGUCAAGGACUUCGAGCCAAAACUCAUCGCACCCACCAUCCUCUUUCUUGCUUCCAAAGUCGAAGAGGACCCUAUGCGCCUACGCCACAUCAUCAACGCAUGUUUGCAAAAGUUUGAGCCGGGCUCGCCCAUCUGGGAACCACAGGGCGACAAUGACAUUCAGCCUCUCGAGCACCGGCGCUGGGAGAAGGAGCUGCUUGCGAUUGAAGAGGUGGCCCUCGAGGCAUUGUGCUUUGACAUGAUUGUUGAACAGCCGUGGCCUAUUCUCUGGCAAGCUGUCAAGGGCCUCAACACUGUGUGGGACGAGCCCGAGUCCAGCGCCGCUGCCGAGGCGCGCGCAGCCGCCAACGGGUCCAGUACCCAGGGUGAUGAUGCAAGCGCAAAUGGCGACCCGAAGGGCAAGUCGCGUGCGACUGAGGCUGUCGUAUGUGAGCUUGGUUGGGCAAUGCUCAACGAGGGAUAUCUCUCGCCUCUCCCCGUCCUCCACCCUGCGCCGAUCAUUGCCUUUGCCGUAUUUGCCCUGGUCCUCGCCAUGGUGGACGAGGUGCCAGUAUCGACUGCGACAGCAACGGCAGCAGAGCUGGGCGACAAGUUUGGUCUCGAUAUCCAAUUUGACGAGGCCGAGGGUGCCAAGGGGACGGACGUUGCGGCUGUUAAAGACGCAGUGAGACAGUACAUUGAAUACUGCGACGCCGGUAUCAUUGACAAGGGGUUGUUGCAGUAUAUUGUGUCUGAGCCAACAGGAGGCAAGCCUCAAGUGUACCAUCGCCGGCUCAAGUUGACAUCGGCUGUCAACGGCGGCGCAAGUGGGACGUCACCGACAGCCAACGGGAGGAAGAAGUAG